AUGAACCAAGAUAGCAUGACAUCGCAGGAAGAGGAGCUGAGCGACUGGCAGCACAGCCGACGCAUAUUCCUGGAGCAACCCAUCGAGGAGGCCUUCUUCAUUUCGAGCGCCAUCCUCCGCAAGGGCAAGGCUGAGACGCUCCUCGAAGACUUUGACCGGUGCCGGCUGACGCGCGGGCAGCUGCAGCGCUACAUCGCCCUCGCCGAUAAGCUGGAGGACAGCCUCCUGCGGCGCGCGGCCCGGCUCGGCUCCGUCGUCCAGGCCACCACCGCGGCCUGGCUGGCGCACAAGCAGGACCUGUCCGACGAGGAAUGGGACGCCCUCGUGCAGAACGAGCGCGCCGUUGGCAUGGCGGCCAUCGUCGUCGCCUUUGAGAAGGCGCUUCAGAGCUUCGUCUUGGCAAGCAGGGACCCUAAGCUCCGCGAGGCGCACGAGGCGCUCGGCGUCGGCCGGCCCGACUGGGAGAAGUACUACGAUCUCUCCGUGGAGGACUGGAGGGAGAACGGUGCCGAUGUGGCCCAGGAAGACGUCGAUGACGCAAAGAAGAGGCGGCGCGGGUGUCGGUUUUUGAACAAAAGGGAUUGA